GCACUUUCGCACCACUCUUCGUCGGACAUUGUAAAAGAGACUUGUUAAAGCUCCCUCUUUUAUUCUCUCUUUCUCUGAAUCCAAAGCCCACCCGAUUCAGAUUCCCACACCGGCUUUCCUUUAUGCUUCCUCUACUCGCCGGUCAACUCGUUCUCCAUUUUUCUGCUUCACCACUUCAUUUCAUGGUAAGUUCUUCGCAUUUUCUCUAAUUCUCUACGCGUUUCAACAAGGAAGCUCCUUCCUUCUCCUUCUCUGGGUAGUUGUGAAUUUGGGGGUCUUUGUGUUUUGCUUGUUAGUUCGUACUUGGGUUUGAUUUGAUGAAGUUAGGUGAUGAAAAUUGUUAUUACAUGGGUCCUGAUUGAUUCUUACUUUUAUGGUCUUCGAUCAAAUCUGAGGGAAUUUCAUAAGAUCGCAAGUGGAAUAAUCAAAUAGUUCCUAUUAAGCUUUUGAGCUCACAAGAGAAUCCGAGAUUGACUCAGAUUUAAAAGUAAAGUGAGAGCAGUGACUUUUUUGGGUUUGAGGGUUUAGUUCGGGUUCCGUAUUCCAAUGGCGGCAUCUGUGAAUGAGAGUUCAGACUCUAAAGAUGGCGUUGGGAAUUUGGUGGCUGCCACGAAAUCGCUGAAACUAAGCUUAGAGAAGUCAAAGGCAAUAGGGUUAGCACUUAAGAAAGCAGGGCCUAGAUUAGAUGAGAUUAACCAGAGAUUGCCUUCUCUAGAGGCAGCAGUGCGUCCAAUCCGUGCAGACAAGGAUGCACUUGUAGCCGUUGGUGGCCACAUUAACCGUGCAGUGGGGCCUGCUGCAGCGGUGCUUAAGGUUUUUGAUGCAGUUCAUGGUCUAGAAAAGUCAUUGUUGUCUGAUCCGCGGAAUGAUCUACCUGGCUAUUUAUCAGUUUUAAAGCGUCUUGAGGAGGCAUUGAGGUUUUUAGGGGACAACUGUGGAUUGGCAAUUCAAUGGCUAGAGGAUAUAGUGGAGUAUCUGGAGGAUAAUACAGUUGCAGAUGAACGGUAUCUUUUGAAUUUGAAGAAGUUAUUGAAGGGUCUUAGGGAUUUUGGAAAUAAGGAACAAAGACAAUGCCUUGAUGGUGGGAUUUUAGAUGCUGCGUUGGAUAAAUUGGAGAGUGAGUUUCGGCAACUCUUGAUGGAACAUACUGUGCCGCUUCCAAUGUCUUCUUCACCAUCACUGGGUGAGCAGGCAUGCAUUGCACCAUCCCCUUUGCCAGUUACCGUCAUCCAGAAGUUGCAGGCAAUUAUGGGAAGAUUAGUUGCAAAUAAUGGCCUGGAGAAGUGCAUAUCUAUUUAUGUUGAAGUUCGUAGUUCAAAUGUAAGAGCAAGUUUGCAGGCACUUGAUUUGGAUUACCUAGAGAUAUCAGUGUCCGAAUUUAAUGAUGUGCAGAGCAUAGAGGCAUAUAUAUCAAAUUGGGGGAAGCAUUUGGAGUUUGCAGUAAAGCAUUUGCUCGAGGCCGAGUACAAGCUUUGCAGUGACGUAUUUGAGAGGAUUGGAGUUAAUGUAUGGAUGGGUUGCUUUGCUAAGAUAGCUUCACAGGCAGGUAUUCUUGCAUUUCUUCAAUUUGGGAAGACGGUUACGGAGAGUAAAAAAGACCCAAUUAAACUCUUGAAAUUGCUGGAUAUUUUUGCUUCUCUGAACAAAUUGAGACUGGAUUUCAACCGGCUUUUUGGUGGAGCAGCUUGCCUCGAAAUCCAAAACCUAACAAGGGAUCUCAUUAAGAAGCUGAUUGAUGGGGCAGCCGAGAUUUUCUGGGAGCUAUUGGUUCAAGUGGAGUUGCAGAGACAAAUAGCUCCUCCUCCAGAUGGAGGUGUCCCAAGAUUGGUAAGCUUUAUUACAGAAUACUGUAAUAAACUACUUGGCGAUGAUUAUAAGCCAAUCCUUACCCAGGUUCUGGUCAUUCACCAAAGUUGGAAACACGAGAAGUUUCAAGAGAGACUCCUCAUUACCGAGGUGUUGAAUAUCAUUAAAGCUGUUGAGCUGAAUUUGGAGACAUGGAUAAAGGCUUAUGAAGAUACUACGUUAUCCAACUUUUUUGGCAUGAACAACCACUGGCAUUUAUAUAGACAUUUGAAGGGAACCAAGCUUGGUGAUCUCUUGGGGGAUUCAUGGCUAAAAGAACAUGAACAGUACAAGGACUACUAUGCUGCUGUGUUCUUGAGAGACAGCUGGGGAAAGCUUCCGGGUCAUUUAAGUAGAGAGGGCCUAAUUUUGUUUUCCGGUGGGCGUGCCACUGCUCGUGAUCUUGUUAAAAAGAGGCUGAAGACGUUCAAUGAAACUUUUGAUGACAUGUAUAAGCAGCAGUCAAACUGGAUGGUGUCAGAGAGAGAUCUCCGGGAGAAGACUUGCCAGCUUAUAGUUCAGGCUGUAGUGCCUGUUUAUCGAAGCUUUAUGCAGAACUACGGACCCUUGGUUGAGCAAGAUGCAAGCUCCAAUAAAUAUGCGAAAUACUCAGUUCAGACUUUGGAGCAAAUGCUUCUCUCUCUUUUCCGGCCAAAGCCAGGAAGAUAUGGUAGUUUUGUAGUGAGGGAUUCUAGUGGGAAGUUGAACAAUGCGGUAGCGGAUCUUCGUCGUACUGCCUCUGCUGUUAACUGAUUAUCCUGUCAUUGACCGUUUUCGUGGUUAACCCAAAAGGAACCACAAGUUGGCGCCGCCUUUGCCAUUGUUUGGUUGUCAGUUCUUUAUCGUGGAUUAGUUAUCGACCGACGGUACAUGCUGAUGUAAUCAGUAUCCUGGAAUUAUGUCAUACAUUCGCUCUCUUUCUUUAUACAUGGAUAAUGGAAUUCCUCGAAGCACAGUUGUUCCUGGAAAUUUUAUGCUAGCUCAAUUGCCUGGAAGGUUCAGCAGAAGAGCCGGAGGAAGUGGAAGUGGAAGUGCAACUGAGAUUAUCAGCCAUUCAGAUAUGCAGCUUCUGGACAAUGCAUCGAGUUUAUAUGUAGAGUCCAAUUUUACUUUCUUCAGUUAUUUGGUUACUAGAUAGGUGUCGCCAAAAGCUCUAUAAUUUGCUAGAGGUUGCUCUACAAUUCUUUAAUAUAAGUGCAUGUGCAUCCCCAAGCCCAAGGUCUGUCGAUGAUUAUGCCAUCAAUUCAUCAGAUUUGCUGAAAUUGGUCGUAAGUGUUGGGGAUGCUCUUCUCUUCUUUUGUAUGUUGUUGGAAUAUCAAGUUACAAAUGUAUCACAGCUACUAGACUAUUAAGUUAAUUGUAAGCAAUA